AUGGGCACAUUCCAGCAUGCCACCACCUCUGAAGUGGCUACCCUUUCCACAGCCAUCAUCCACCUUCACCUGGAUGGCUUGACCAUGGACCCUGACCCAUUCCAUAUCAUCCAAUCCAUGAUACAAGGGUAUUUCAAACAAGAGGGCACCUACAAUUUUGCACAGUUGCCUUAUGACUUGGGAACUCAGGAGUCUAGGGCUGCCUAUGAAACUGCAGCUGAAGUGCUCUCUUCCUUCCUGGCCCCUUAUGGAAGGGUGGUUCUCUUCUUCACUACCAACAGUGAAGAACAAAGUGGGGAUCUCUUUGCUGGAAGUAGGGAUGGGCAGGUAUUUGUCUCAAGGGUCUUUGAGGUUUUAGAGGCUCUCCUCACACCCCUCUCCAAGGUUGUUGAGGGAGGCGACCUCAUCUUCCUGGUGUGUGGAUAUCUGGUCAAGCAUCAGGAGAGUUUCCAAGACCUCAAGUCAGCCAUGAACCACUUCAAGCCAAGGUCAAUGCUCCUCUUUGAUGCAGACAGGUUACUCCCCAUCAACACCAUUCCUUUCCUCAUGAGUGUUUUGGACCUUACCAUCAUCCAAGGCUUUCAACAGAUGGAUAAGACAGUCAAGGCUGCCCUCAAGGAUUGUGGGGUGCUGGGUAGACACUCAAACAUCAUCCUCAUGUUUUGGGGGUCUCAAGGAGGGAGGGUAUUGGUGGAAAGGUACAUUUGGACUGACAAGUUCAUCAAACCUUGGGGUCAGAACUUGCCUGCUCAAUGCCCUCAGCAUGGGAGCAUACAAGAAUGGCUGGCUGCUAGUGCUGAUUCAACUUAUUCCUAUCAGUGCCAGUAUCCUGAUUGUGGGAAGGACUUGGAGGGGACUGCAUUGCCACCCAAAACUUAUACCAUCUCUAUGCCUCAAGGAGCCAAAAAAUUACUAGAUGGAAAAAAGUCAUCUGCAUGGGAGCUCCCUCAUGCUGAGGCUAGGUCAGCCAACACCACUUCCAGGGAGCUCCCUCAUGCUGAGGCUAGGUUGGCCAACGCCACUUCUAGGGAGCUCACCCAUGAAAUGGUGAUGUCAGCCAACACCCCUUCUAGGGAGCUCCCUCAUGCUGAGGCUAGGUCAGCUGACACCACUUCUAGGGAGCUCACCCAUGAAGUGGUGAUGUUGGCCAACACCCCUUCUAGGGAGCUCCCUCAUGCUGAGGCUAGGGAGCUCACUCAUGAAAUGGUGAUGUUGGCCAACACCCCUUCUAGGGAGCUCCCUCAUGCUGAGGCUAGGUCAGCUGACACCACUUCUAGGGAGCUCACCCAUGAAGUGGUGAUGUCAGCUGACACCCCUUCUAGGGAGCUCCCUCAUGCUGAGGCUAGGUUGGCUGCUACCACUUCCAGGGGGCUGGGCCAUGCUUAG